GGUACCCCGGGCCCCCUUGGGGCGAUGUGGUGGGCGUCGGGCCGGGCCGGCCGGCCCCCCGACGACGGGGACGCGAUGUCGGUGUCGCUUUUGUGCCCGGCGGGGCCGCGGCUGCGGAGCGGCGGCUCCGCCUCCGUCCUCCGGCCGCGGGGCUCGGCGCAGUCGGCCCGGCUGUGGGAGGCCGAGCCCGAACUGGAAGAGGAGGAGGAGGAGGAGGAGGAGGAGGAGUCGUCGUCCGAGUCCGAGGAGGAGAUGCCGGCCAUCGAGGAACACUUUGAUGGCAUCCUAAGGGAAGAUGCAGUAGCCGAAGCCCUCCACAAAUUAGGACGCUCGGCCCAGGGUACCGAGCAGGUCUACCUCAAUCUUUCACUGUCGGCUUGUGAUUUAAGUGACAUUAGCAUUCUCUGUGGAUAUGUUCAUCUGGAGAAGCUGGAACUUUCGUUCAAUAAAAUUAAUGGCACCCAAGAGAUUCUCAAAGCAGCAUGGGAAAACUCCAGAAAUUUUCGAGCAGUAUUUUGUUUUGUUUUGUUUUCCCUAGAGAGAGAUUUGACUUGCGUUAGUUAUAUGCCCUACCUCCUCGAACUUAAUGCUUCUCACAAUGAGCUGACUUCAUUCUUCAAUUUCAAGCCACCUAAAAAUCUUAAGAAGGUGGAUUUGUCCCACAACAGUAUUCCUGAAAUGAAAGAUCUGUCGUCUUAUCAAGCUCUUACCACACUGAUACUAGACAAUAAUAAUAUACAAGAGAUCAAAGGACUAGAGCAGUGCAUGAAUCUAAUUCACCUCAGCUUGGCACACAACAAGAUCAUUACAAUUGAUGGCCUGAACAAGUUACCAAUCAAAAUACUCUGCCUGAGCUUCAAUCAAAUUGAGACAAUAACUGGUUUAGAGGACCUGAAAACUCUGCGCAAUUUGGAUCUGUCCCAUAAUAAAAUCCUCAGUUUACGGGGCUUGGAGAACCAUAAGUACUUGGAGAUAAUCAACUUAGAAGAUAACCAGAUUGCUGAGUUGGGAGAAUUAGAAUACAUCGACGAUCUGCCUCUCCUUCGAGUGCUCAAUCUCUUAAAAAACCCAGUUCAGGAGAAUUCUGAAUAUUGGCUCUUGGUUCUCUUCAUGCUACUGCGGCUAACGGAGCUAGAUGGCAAGAAGAUUGAAGUGAAAGAAAAGGUUGCUGCAGUGAAUAAGUAUGACCCUCCUCCAGAAGUCAUUGCUGCCCGAGACCAUCUAACCCAUGUGGUACAUAGCAUGAUGCAACCUCAGAAGAUAUUCGACAGCACCUUACCCAGCCUUGAUGCUCCAUAUCCCAUGCUGGUAUUAGUUGGUCCCCAAGACUGUGGGAAACGGGAACUCGCCCAGCGACUCUGCAGGCAAUUCAGUGCUUUUUUCAGAUAUGGGGCCUGUCAUACCACAAGACCUCCCUAUUUUGGAGAAGGGGACAGAGUUGAUUAUCAUUUCAUCUCACAAGAAAUAUUUCAUGAAAUGUUAAGCAUGGGGAAAUUCAUCGUGACAUUUAAAUAUAGCAACCAUAAUUAUGGUCUAAACCGAGACACAGUAGAAGGAAUUGCAAGAGAUGGCCUCGCAAGCUGUAUUCAUAUGGAAAUAGAGGGUGUGAGAAGUUUGAAAAAUACCUACUUUGAACCUCGAUACGUCCUACUGGUUCCAUUGAACAAAGAGAGAUACGAGGGCUAUUUGCGGAGAAAAGGGGUAUUUAGCCGAGCAGAAGUCGAAUUUGCCGUCUCCAGGGUGGAUUAUUAUGUUAAGAUAAAUCAGGAUUUUCCAGGCUACUUUGAUGCAAUAAUAAAUGCAGAUGAUCUGGAUGAUGCCUACCAGAAGUUGAGCCAGCUCAUCAGAGAAUAUCUUAGUUUGGCUGAGAAUGACAAGGAUUUGACUCUAAGUGAAAACAAAGCAACUACAAUUGCAGCUAACAACAGGAAGACUCUGGCUGGGGUACCACCACACCUAGUUCCAUCCCCAAGGCGUUUGGCGAAACUGGAGGCGGGAGGCUCUACAACAGAGUUUCCUUUCGGGGUGCUGAUCCAUGCCAAGAUGCCAGAAAACAACUGCCUUGUUCCCCCCCAGAACCACCAGCUGCCCCAGGAGGGAGAAACCCUCCAAGUAGAGUCCAUUCCCAGCAGUCUUCCACACCCAAAGCCUUCACCCCAUCCUAGCCCAGUGUCUCUCCACAUCUCCCAUCUGGCCCAAGAUAAGGAAGCAGAUGAAGAAGAACCCCCUCACAACAAGCCACCGCAAUCCCAAGCUCGAGUCCCACACCCAAAGCAGACAUUGGGACGGGGAGCUCAGAAAACAGAUCCCCCAUCGCCAACCAGGGGCCCUGUCCCAGUUCCUGCCAAGAAACCACUAACUCGUAAAUCUGCUCCCCCUGCAAACCAAAAACUGAAACCCAAAGAGAAAACCCAGAAAAAAGGCCUUUCUCCCAAAAUUGGGAAUGUAACAUCCUCCCAACAGCCCAAGCCAGUCCACAAAGAAGAAACAAGUGAGGCAAGGCUGCCUCUUAUCGAUCGUUCCAACCCAGGUUCACUUGAACACCCCAAACCAAUUCCACUCCACAGGAGUCGGGCACCUCAGGAGGCGGAAGUAGGUGAAGUCAAGCUUUCUCCCACCAGUGCUGCUCGGUCUGAUCCUCCACAAGAACUCACCUUACUGCCACAAAGGGAGUCUGCCUUGUCCCUAGCCCAGAAUCCUGUCCUCUCCCCACCCCGAGAGCCGGUUCCCACCCCAUCCCGGGAGCCCGCCCAGUCUACACCUCAAGAGCAAGUCACCACUCCAUCCCGCGACCCUGUCCCCUCCCCGUCCCAGGAAGCGGUCCCCACUCCAUCCCGGGAGCCUGCCCUCACCCCAUCCCAAAAGCUCAUCCCCAUUCUACCUCAGGAGACCACGCCCUCUCUAACUUUGGGUCUUGCCCCAUAUCCGCCCCAAGAGCCUGACUCAUCUCUACUCCAGCUUCCUCAGAAGGGCCAGAGUGAAGAGUCGGUGAUUCUUUCCCACACUGAGUCCUCUCUGCAACUGGGCUCUUCUCCUGUCAGAAGCUGUGAAUCGAUCCCAGAGGAAGAAACCCAAAAAGCAGAUCACGUCCGUGUCAGUACUCCCUUCCCUGAGCCGUUGCAACUCCUAACAAGACACCACAAACAGACCAAAGAGGGGCAAGUCCAAAUACUUCAACUUCCAUUCAGCAGGAGAGUUGCUACUAGACUUCCACAGCCCCGGACACUAGCUCCUCUCCAAACCAAGAGGCCUGCACCCAAGUUUGAAGUCCAAAUAAAAGACUUUUCACCAACUAGAGCGACUACUUCGGGGCUAAUGCAAGACCAAAGCACGGCUCCUUCCUUCAGACCCCAGCUGACCCAGGAAGGAAAAUCCAACAAUCUCCCUGCCAUCAGCCCUCUCUAUUCCCAGCCUUCACAGCGCUCCAGUCCAACUGUGCCUUGGAACUUCCAGCUAACCCAGGAAGAGAAAGCCAGAGAAGUAAAACUACCACUCAUCAGUCCUCCCUUAAGGGAGCCACCACUGGGCCAGAGUGCAAUACCCCAUAGCCCCAAACCGACCCAGGAAGAGGCGAAUCUGAAAGUUAGAUUCCCUCUCAUCACUCCUCCUUCCCCUGAAGUGCCGCAAACCUUCAGUUUGACACAGGAAGGAAGAGCUCAGAAAGCUGUGUUCUCCACCAGCAAGAAGACUCCAGUUGGGCUGCCACGAAACCAAAAGCAGAUUCCGGCCCCAAACCAGAUGCUCUCUGAGCAGAUGGGAGCCACUCCCCAAAUGCUCUCUCCACAGAAAGAAUCCAUAGUAGGAUCACCAUACUUGAGCGUGGCUCUGCCUCCCAGCCAUUGGCCAACUGGGGAACAGGCGCCCCCUAAAAUAGGACUUUCCCAAAGUAAGGGGAAUCAUGAAAAGCUGCCUGAACACCUCAGUCCUAGGCUACCCCGCAGUUCCCAGCUGACUCAAGGUAGCAAAGGCCACAAACUAGAACCACCUGAGCCUCUCCAUGCUGCAUCCUUGUCUAGUGGUAAGCAGAUCAAGGAAGAGAAAGAUUCAAAAGAAGUGCAUCAGCCCAGCAAAAAGAUUCAUACCAACCAGCCAUUAAACCCCAGUCUGGUUCCUCCCAAUGGCAGGAAGCUGAUUCAGAAUGCGGGCACGGUUAAAAAAGGACGACUCCAAAAGGAAGAGGCUCCCAUAGGAUUAACCCAAGACCAGAGUCCUCAACCCAGCAAAGAAGGGCUAGCUCACAGAAAGGGAAAGACCCAGAAUAAAGAAGUUUCCGCACGAUCCCCCCCGGAGCAAUCCCCCAAAAGGAAAAGUGCUCACCAAAGGGAGAGAUCUCUGCAUAAGCCUAAAGAGAUAUCUGCAGAACCUCCACAAAAUGAGGCCUCGCCCCAUUCUGAGCCAACAGCUAAGCGGAGCAAAGUCCUUAAAAAGGGAACCUUUCAGAACAAAAAGAGUUCCGCAGGGCCAACACAGGAGCAACAAAUCAAAGAGAGGCAAGCCUCCCGAAAUGGGUCACUCCAAAACAAAGAGACCUCUGCAGGUCCAUCGCAUUAGGAGAGUUUGGUUCCCCGCUGACAGCCAACCCAACAGGGGAGAACUCGUAAAGGGAGCUUCUGCACCAGGGGCAGCCACGGCACCAACACUUAAUCCUCACGAUCUGACCAGAAAGUUCCAACAUUGGUCCCCCACCAUGGAAAGACAUUGGUAUCGUCGCUGCAAGACCUGAAGUCAACUUCCUUCUGCAACCACGAAGCUCCCGACUAAAGUCUCCACAGCAGAACGAUUCAGUAAUCAUCCAUCAUCCACCUACACCUACUGAGCGUGGACUUAGUGCUUGGGAGAGGAUAAAUGAAGCAGGACAUAGGAUCACUGGCCUCCAGGAGUUUACAUUUCUACUCCUCUGAAGCCCAACUCAACCCAGAAGAGAGGAGCACUUCUUCUGGAUGCCCUUCUUUUAGGCCCCUACUACCUAGCCACUGUAAAGCUGUACCUUAUGGUACCAGACUCCACAGCAGAACUCCUGCAAGGCCACUGCAAAACUGCACAAUGUCUAUAAGCUUUAUUGUAUUCUUCACAGAAGGAGUGGGAAUCAGUCGAUCAAUCAGUGGUAUUGAGCGUUUACUAUGUGCUGAGCACUGUACUAAGUGCUUGGGAGAGU